CAUUUUUGCCUCUAAAUUCUCCUCCUCCUCUUUUUCUUCCUUCUUUUUUGCUUCUAUUUUCAUUUUUUCCCUGAUAUUUUUAAUAGAUUUUCCUUUCCACCUCCAUAAAAACCUCUGUUUCUCUGUUCCAUUACGUUAUUUGCUUCUUCUUCUUUUUGUUCCGCCUUUGUCGAAUCUCGUAAGAACUGCAUUUUAGAGACCGGUUCUUCGUCUGGGUUUCACCUCGUUAGCCAGAUUUUAGCACAUUCUGGUCAAAUUCGGAAAUCAUAUUACUAGGCAAAUAAUGUUCUGUUAUCUGCCAUAAAUGUGGUGUAGCUUUGGAGAUGAGAAGUUUCGAGGAAGCCCGCAAUUGAUGGACUGCUCACCCAGCAGUAGUGAUAAGAAAACAUUGAAGAGGUGGUUUUUCAUUGACAAGAGGGUCGGAUAAAAAGUUCUUGUAAGGAUUGAAACUUCAUAACUCUACUUGACAAAGCUGAUUCUAUCGUAAACAAUCUAGUUUAACCUGUUAUAAGUGUAUUAAAAAGUGAUCCGAAGUUAUCAUCAACGAAAAGGAAAAAGAAGUGGUCUGAAUCUUAUGGAGUUGAAGUCAAAUCAUUCAUCUCCGGUUCUCACUGAUCCUAUUCCAGUCAACAAUUCAAGACUAGGAAUCCACUCGAAUCUGCUCUCCUAUCAGCAAUCAGGUGGAUCUUUAUCCUCGGGCAAGUAUAUGACGAUUCCUAGAAAGAAACCUGGAAAGCUUGAGGAUGUUUGGUCCAAUGGUUGGCUAGAGGCGAUGAGAUCAUCAUCGCCCCCUCGUAAGAGGUUAAUAAAGGACAAGGACUUCACCAUUGAGGCUGCUGCUGAUGAUUUUGAUAUUGCUUAUUGCUCCUGGAUGAUUAAAUAUCCAUCUGCACUUAAAUCUUUUGACCAAAUCUUGAAAAAUGCCAAGAACAAAAAGGUUGCAGUUUUCCUAGACUAUGAUGGUACCCUUUCCCCCAUAGUAGAUGACCCAGAUCGGGCAUUUAUGUCUGAUUCUAUGCGUUCUGCUGUCAGGGAUGUUGCGAAGUAUUUCCCAACAGCAAUUAUUAGUGGCAGAAGCCGUGAUAAGGUUUAUGAAUUGGUAGGACUAACUGAACUUUAUUAUGCUGGUAGUCAUGGAAUGGACAUUAUGGGCCCUGUGAGUCAUGCAGAGUCUGGUGACCAUCCAAAUUGUAUUAGAUCAACUGACCAACAGGGCAAGGAGGUAAACCUUUUCCAGCCCGCUAGAGAAUUCAUCCCUAUGAUUGAUGAGGUUUUAAAAACCCUUGUCGAGAAUACUAAAGAUAUUAAAGGUGCAAAUGUUGAGAAUCACAAGUUUUGUACUUCUGUUCAUUACCGUAAUGUAGAGGAGAAGAACUGGCCGACCAUCGCACAACGUGUUCAUGAUAUUCUGAAAGACUAUCCUCGUUUGAGAUUGACUCACGGGCGGAAGGUUUUAGAGAUUCGUCCUGUGAUUGACUGGAAUAAAGGGAAAGCAGUCGAAUUUCUGCUCGAAUCCCUCGGAUUAAGUGAUAGAGAUGAUGUGCUUGCAAUCUAUAUUGGCGAUGACAAGACUGAUGAGGAUGCAUUCAAGGUUUUUAGGGAAAGAAAUCUGGGUUAUGGGAUACUGGUGUCUUCAGUGCCCAAAGAAAGCAAUGCAUUUUUCUCUGUCAGGGACCCAUCAGAGGUGAAGAAAUUUCUCAAGGCUUUGGUGACAUGGAAGAAGUUUGAAAAAGCUUAAAGAAAAGCUUACAAGAGCACUUAAUAAUAUAAUAAUUAUAUGUUUAUUUUCCUUUUCCUUUUCAGUUUCUUUUAUUAAGAUUCUAAACCUAUAAUGAAUCCGGUCGUUCAAAUGCAAUGGCCAUAUUAUUUCAAAUCUUUUGUCAGAAUUUUGAAAUAUAAUAUAUACAAAUUAUUUAAAUAAAA